GCCUGGGCGCGCGACUCGCGGGGACUGGCCUCUUUCGGCGCCAGGAGGCGGUCACUGGAUCUGAGCUUGGGGAUCUGAGGCGAGCGAGGGGCCAUGAGGACAACGAGGGAGUCUAGAGCCCGCUGCCCGGCCCUCCUCCCUCGCACAGCGGCGACUCGGCGGCCGCUGGAGUAACCGCUGCCUUUGUUCCGAGCGCCUGUCCCUCCCGUCGCCCUAGCCUCUCACUCCGCCGCGCUCCGGCCGGCCCGCCCUCGGUCCCCGAACCCCCAUUCGGCUCGUGCCGCGCGGAUGCGGCUGACGGGCCUGGGUUUGGGCUUUGAGCUGGAGGAGGAGGAGAAGCGGCGGCACCUGGGCGGCAUGCAAUGGGGAACUGCUGCUGGACGCAGUGCCUCGGACUCCUCCGCAAGGAAGCUGGGCGGCUGCAGCGAGUAGGCGGAGGCGGAGGAUCCAAGUAUUUUAGAACAUGCUCAAGAGGUGAGCACUUAACUAUAGAGUUUGAGAAUCUAGUAGAAAGUGAUGAAGGGGAAAGCCCAGGAAGCAAUCAUAGGCCUCUUACUGAGGAAGAAAUUGUUGACCUAAGAGAGAAGCAUUAUGAUUCUAUUGUUGAAAAACAGAAAGAUCUUGAUAUGAAAAUCCAAAAAGAGUUAGCCUUACAAGAAGAGAAGUUAAGACUAGAAGAAGAAGCUUUAUACGCUGCACAGCGUGAAGCAGCCAGGGCAGCAAAGCAGCAAAAGCUCUUGGAGCAAGAAAGACAGAGAGUUUUGCAGCAAUACCAUCCUUCAAACAAUGGAGAAUAUCAAAGUUCAGAACCAGAAGAUGACUUUGAAUCUUGUUUGAGAAAUAUAAAGUCACAGUAUGAAGUAUUUCGAAGUAGUAGACUCUCAUCAGAUGCCACGGUUUUGACACCAAAUACAGAAAGCAGUUGUGAUUUAAUGACCAAAACUAAAUCAACUAGUGGAAAUGAUGACAGCACAUCUUUAGAUCUAGAAUGGGAAGAUGAAGAAGGAAUGAAUCGAAUGCUUCCAAUGAGAGAACGUUCCAAAACAGAGGAAGACAUUCUCCAGGCAGCACUUAAGUAUAGCAGCAGGAAGACUGGAAGUAAUCCUACAUCUGCCUCAGAUGAUUCCAACGGGCUGGAGUGGGAGAAUGAUUUUGUUAGUGCCGAAAUGGAUGAUAAUGGCAAUUCUGAGUAUUCUGGAUUUGUAAAUCCUGUAUUAGAACUGUCUGAUUCUGGCCUAAAGCAAUAUGAUGUGGAUCAACAAAAACGGUAGGGAAAAAUUGUGUGAUCUUGUUUAUCAGUUAUGACCAAAUGUUUAAAACCAACUAGAAUGUAUAAAUGGUUGUGCUGAGCCUUUUUGUAAGAGGGGAAGUAAGAAACAUGUUAUAAAUGCUUAUUAGAAAGGAAUAGGAAUGAUAGGUUAUAUCUGAAUUGCUUCAGAAUUAAGUGCAAUUUCAUCAUCUGCCUUCUGCUUUUCAAAAACAAUUUAAUGGUUCUGUCAUGUUAUUAAUUAAAUUUCUUUAACUCUUUUCUUCAUAGCAAUCCUGUUUACUGUUUGUAGAUUUUCAGCUUUUAAAAUAGUUUUAUUAAUUUCACCUUGAAUGCUUUCUUAACUCUGUUUCAGUAGCUAACUGCGAAAGUAUUAAGGCAUUUUGUGUUAAUUCUCAGCAGAUGUGAAGGGAGCAUGAGGAGGGACUGCCAGAUUCAGAUUCAGAAUAGUGUUCCCUUUUCCAGCAUUAUUCAUUCCUAUGACUUACUUAAAUUUUAUUAUGUGAUAGUAAGCACAAUUAAUUUGAGUAGAUGACCCGAAAGAAAAGCCGAAGUAUCAGUUUCUUUCUACACUUGUUGCAUAUCCUACUAUAAUAAUGUUGACUCAGUCUGAACAAGGUAUGUGAUAUGUUAAGAUAAUCUUUCAGAGUUUGGACACUUAAAGUGAGUAAUCAAAAGAUAUUUAAGAAAAUAUAUAUACUUAGGUGGGUUUUUUUGUGUUUUGGUUUUUUGUUUUUGUUUUUUUUGCGGUACAUGGGCCUCUCACUGUUGUGGCCUCUCGCGUUGUGGAGCACAGGCUCCAGUCACGCAGGCUCAGCGGCCAUGGCUCACGGGCCCAGCCGCUCCGCGGCAUGUGGGAUCUUCCCGGACUGGGGCACGAACCCGCGUCCCCUGCAUUGGCAGGCGGACUCUCAACCACUGCGCCACCAAGGAAGUCCUAUACUUAGGUUUUUCACUUCCUUUUCUGUGCCACUAUAAAUGAAUGUUGACUUUAAUUGAUAUAGUAAAUUUCUAUCUGUCAUUUUUUAAAAUUCUGUAUUUCCAAUGAAUGGUCUUGAAAGAUUUCACACAGAACAUAUUCUCUGUGCAUGAUUUAUUAAGAAGGGAAAACCUGAAAAAGGUAAUACGGGUAUUUCAAAGUAAAUAAAAUCCUUUCUGGCAUGAAAGAAUCCAUUGAUUUUAUUAAGCUUUCCUUUGCCUUGUAAUACAACAUGCUUUAAUGGGAUGGAACUAAGUAAAUCAAUAUAUAUAACUGAAUUUUACGAUAUACAGUUAACUUUUCUUUUCUCUAAAGUUUACGUAUCAAUUUAAAAGGCCAAGGAUAUAAGA